AUGGCCGGCGCGGCUGGCGACGACGCCGGGAUGGACGCCGUCCAGAGGCGGCUCAUGUUCGAGGAUGAGUGCAUUCUGGUGGAUGAGCAGGAUAAUGUUGUUGGCCAUGAAUCAAAGUACAACAGCCAUCUGAUGGAAAAGAAUCUGCUCCACAGGGCUUUCAGUGUGUUCCUUUUCAACUCAAAACAUGAGCUCCUACUCCAGCAAAGGUCCGCAACAAAGGUUACAUUUCCUUCAGUUUGGAGCAACUCGGGCUGCAGCCAUCCUCUGUACCGUGAGUCUGAGCUUAUCCAGGAGAACGACCUUGGUGUGAGGAACGCGGCACAGAGGAAGCUCCUGGAUGAGCUGGGCAUCCCAGCUGAGGAUGCCCCGGUCGACCAGUUCACCCCUGUUGGUCGGAUGCUCUACAUGGCCCCAUCUGCCGGGAAAUGGAGCGAGCAUGAGCGUACCCACAUUCUGUUCCUCGUCCGGGACGUGAAGCUGCGGCCGAACCCCGACGAGGUCGCCGGCGUCAGGUACGUGAGCCGCGAGCAGCUGGAGGAGCUGGUCCGGAAGGCGGACGCCGGCGAGGACGGCGUGAAGCUCUCCCCCUGGUUCAGGCUGAUGGCGGACAACCUCCUCAUAGGCUGGUGGGACCAUCUGGAGAAGGGCACCCUCAGUGAGGCCGCGGACAUGCAGACCAUCCACAGCCUCAAGGAGUGA